ACCAGAUGACAAGUAAAAAAAUAAUGCAAGAAAAAAAAAUCCCAAAUUGCGUUAUACACUUGUUCCAUUCACUUUAGCCUUUUGAAGAGAGAAGUAUUGAAGGAAGAAUGGUGGUGGAGGGGAAUAAACUUGUUCCCGCUCGCCCUCGUGUAGCCUAUAGUCUAAUCGUUGACGUUGCGGGGGAACGGCCGCGAUUCCUAUUCUACACCGCACCCAACUAAAAACCCGUCGGAACGCGCAAUGAGUCGUCUACCGGAAGUAAAAAACGCAAAUUGAAACUCGUUCGCGAGAAUCGAAAAAUACGCAAUCAAAAUAUUAAUUUAAAAAGAAAAUCUGAUAAAGUGGUAACCUUUUUUGUUCUUUUUUUGGGUGGUGUUUAAAAAAAACCGUAUUAAACGAAAUAGAAUAAACUCGGGAACUGUUACGUAUUAAUUUGCUGGUGCACCUGUUUCUAAAAAUGGACGAGGGGACCUUAAACGACCUUUUAGAGUGUUCGGUGUGUUUGGAACGUUUAGAUACAUCCAGUAAGGUUUUACCGUGUCAGCACACGUUUUGCAAGAAAUGUUUAGAGGAGAUUGUCGAUAGACACAAAGAGCUACGAUGUCCGGAAUGUCGGAUUUUAAUUCAUACGAAAAUAGAUGAUCUUCCGCCGAAUGUUUUAUUAAUGAGGAUUUUGGAGGGUAUGCGAAAUGCUGCACCAAAACAAAAACAGCAAAGGAAUGUUAAAGAAACCCAUCAAAACGUUCAAAAUUUAACUCCUGUUCAUCAAAUUAAUCAAGGAGAACAUCACAGACACAAAGUUAAUAAACCCCCAGUACAUAAUUUUUUACAACCACAUCAAGCUUAUGCUAAAGCUCUUUAUGAUUACUCCUCAAAAGAACCUGGUGAUUUGAAUUUUAAGCAUGGAGAUUUGAUAAUUUUACGCAAGCGAAUUGAUAGUAAUUGGUAUCAGGGAGAAUCGGGGGGAAAACAAGGAGUUUUUCCAAUCAGUUAUGUUCAGAUUAUCCAUAUAACACCGGUACCGAGUCAUAUUCCGCAAUGUAAAGCCCUAUACGAUUUUCGAAUGACUAAUGAUGAAGAAGAAGGUUGUUUGGCCUUCAACAAAGGUGACAUCAUCAAUGUGAUUCGGAGAGUCGAUGAGAAUUGGGCUGAAGGAAAAUUGGAUGGGAAAAUCGGGAUUUUUCCUUUAGCUUUCGUCGAAUUAAAUAGUUUAGCAAGAUCUUUAAUGAAAUUAUCGACGAAUGUUCAACCCGGUCCUUCUAAAGUAGCUCCACCAACUCCAACAACUGAAGAAACGUCCCCUUUAAUUUUAACGGAUCAUAGAAGACACACUAACGUUCAUUCAAAUCAAAAUGUUCAACAACAACAUAUUAAUCAAGGGUUGAUUCAAACUCAACAAGUUCAGGUACAACAACAACCGGGGGCUGGAAUUCCAGCUUCCGAUUCGAGCUUGACGGUUAGUUCAGGGAGUUCUUCUACGACGACUCCAAAUACGACUUCUAGCAAUAAUUCUUCGAGUUCUAGCACGGCCCCAUCGUCUCCCGCUUCACCACCUCCAAGAAAUCAAGUCCAAACACCAAGAAGUAAUCAAAAAAAUGAUAAUAAUCAAUUAGGAACCCCUCAAAGACAAAUAAAUCCACCUCCACGUCCAGAUCAUUGUCACAAUCGUGAAAAACGGCACAGUUUUACAUCAUUAACACCUCAACAUCACCCAUCGAACCCACAUCGUCACUCCGCCGAAAUUUUAUCACCGGAAAGUUCGCCAAAUUCACAACCACCUCAUCAAAGACGCAACGUAACCGAAUCGGCUCCUUCAUCAACAUCGGAUUCUCAGCUUCCAGCUGCUUACAUCGCGUUAUACCCUUAUAAACCACAAAAACAAGAUGAAUUAGAACUGAAAAAGGGUGGAAUUUACAUGGUUACGGAACGUUGUCAAGACGGUUGGUUUAAAGGGACAUCAAAUCGCACACAAAAAUGCGGGGUUUUCCCCGGAAAUUACGUUGCUUUGGCUAGGGGAGCGCCUAGAAGUCCUCAAACGGCUGGUAGAUCCGAUGAAAAUAAAGCGGUGAUUGUUGGGUUGAAAGGAGGGGUUAAAUCGACGUCGCCACGACAGCAAACUUCUAAUUUACCCCCGGAAUUACCACCCAGGUCAGCCUCUCCAGCUUGUUCUACGAAUAACACGAUAUCUUCUAGUUGGCAUGGUCAACAAGAUCAUGCUGGUGCUGGUUUGGGGCGUAGCAGCAGUGCUAUUAUGUCGUCUGGUGUUACUGCGCAGAAUUUAAGUGUUAGUACGUCUUCGUCUUGUGUUGUAAAAGCUUCUGAAAAGUCUAAAGAUCAUCGUAAAGAAAAAUCGGGAACUGUGAGUUUGAUGCGGCGUUUGACAAGUAUUAAGAGAUCAAAAUCCCCUCCUCCGGCUUCUUAUUCAAUGGAUAAUCCGGUUUUUGAGGAUAGUUCUCUGUCUACGCCGAAUGUUCAUCCGGUUCAUGUCAGGUCCGGCUCGUGCCCCAGCCAGCUCCUUCAACAAGUCCAACCCGUGGACCAUCACCGUAUUUACGCCUCCACGUCCUCGCAAAGACUCAAACACAAAGAACGUCCAACUGUUCUUACACAAAGCCCCAGGACAACGGAAAAUCCAACGGGAAGUUCCGGUUCAAGCCCCGAUAUUCAUCACCAUCGAAAAUCGAAUUCUUUGGAUGCUGGUGGCGGUGGGAAUAAAACAAAAACGAAUUCACAAAACGUGCGCGAACGCGUUCGUUGCAUCGCUCCAUAUCCACCAAAUACGGAGUACGAACUUGAAUUACAAGUUAAUGAUAUUAUUUAUGUGUGUAAAAAACGAGAUGACGGUUGGUAUAAAGGUACGCAGCAAAGAACUGGACGAACUGGAUUGUUUCCUGCUAGUUUUGUUGAAGCUUUAAAGUAAUUAAUUAAAACUGAUUAUUAUGAUUCGCUAUCUCAUAUGAUUAAUUAACCGUAUUAUUAUGUAUUUGUUAUUAAUAUCGUAAUUGUAUUA